AUGGUCAACACCGCGUAUGGCGAGAAGAUCGCCGACGACUCCAAGGAGGCUACGCCCACCGACUUGGCGCCCGAUGUUGAGGAGGGAACUCACGAGCCGCAGAAGCUCAGCCGCGGGCUGCAAGGGCGCCACAUGCAGAUGAUUGCGAUCGGUGGCUCGAUCGGCGCGGGUCUCUUCGUCGGCUCAGGAUCCUCCCUCCAGUCCGGCGGCCCGGCGUCGCUCCUCCUCGGUUUCAUCAUCAUCGGCGUCAUGCUGCUGUGUACCGUUCAGGCGCUUGGGGAACUGGCAGUGCUAUACCCGGUCAAUGGAGCUUUCUACGUCUAUGGUGUGCGGUUUAUCGAUCCUGCUUGGGGCUUUGCCAUGGGUUGGCAAUAUGCCAUCGGCUGGCUCAUCACACUGCCCUUCGAGAUCACGGCUGCUGGUCUCACAAUCGACUACUGGCAUCACUAUAACAUUGGGAUUUGGAUUGCCGUCUUCCUCACCACCUUGAUCAUCGUCCAGUUCUUCGGCGUCAAAGGCUACGGAGAGGUCGAAUUCGUCCUCGGAAUCAUCAAGAUCAUCGCUGUUCUGGGCUUUAUCAUCUUCGGCAUCGUCGUCGACUGUGGUGGCGUGCCCGGGGACGACCGUGGAUACAUCGGCUUCAGAUACUGGGCUGACACCGAACACGGAAAUAGGGCCUUCCGCAAUGGCUUCAAGGGCUUCUGCUCCGUCUUUGUCAACGCCGCAUUCGCUUUUGGCGGGACCGAGCUCGUCGGUCUCGCGGCCGCCGAGGCCGCCAACCCGCGCAAGUCGCUGCCCAAGGCGACUAAGCAGGUCUUCUGGCGCAUCACUGGCUUCUACGUCGUCUCGCUCCUGAUCAUGGGCCUCAUCGUGCCCAACAGCUCGCCCGACCUGCUCAACUCGAGCGGCGCCAACACCAAGGCCUCGCCCUUUGUGCUGGCCAUCGAGUACGCGGGAGUCAAGGGCCUCCCGUCGGUCUUCAACGCCGUCAUCACCAUCUCCGUCAUGUCCGUGGCCAACUCGUGCACCUACGGCUCCACGCGCACCAUGCAAGCCCUUGCCCAGGGCGGCAUGGGCCCCAAGUUCCUGUCAUGGAUCGACAAGAAGGGCCGUCCCGUGUGGCCCGUCAUCAUUCAGAUGGCCUUUGGGCUGCUGGCCUUUAUCAAUGAAGCCGAGACGGGCUCGACCGUGUUCAACUGGCUGCUUGCCCUCACGGGCCUGUCAUCCUUCUUCGUCUGGGGUUCCAUCUGUCUCAGCCACAUCCGGUUCCGCGCAGGGUGGAAGGCCGCCGGCCGGUCGCUCGACGACCUGCCCUUUCGCUCGCAGGUCGGCGUCUACGGCAGCUACCUGGGUCUGUUCCUCGUUGUCUGUUCCCUCGCCGCGACGUUCUACGUCGACCUGUUCCCCAUUGGCGGAACCCCCACGGGUGGCGCCGAGUCCUUUUUCGAGGGCUACAUCGCCGCUCCCAUUGCCAUCACACUGUUUGUGUUCUGGAAGCUCUGGACCCGCGACAGAGGCUUCUUGGUCAAAGUCCACGAGAUGGAUCUGGAUACCGGCCGCAGAGACUUCCAGGAUAUCCCGGCUGAUGAGGACCCUGAGCCUCGCAACAUGAGCGUCGGGAGACGCGUGAGCCGUGCGCUCUUUUGA